AUGGGUUCAUGCUCAGAAGAAGUUUCUAAAACUGUGGAGAAGUGGAGAGAGCAUCCUCCAUCUUCUUACUCCCUCAAGGUUCAUAACUUCUCACAACUUGAGACCUCGACUUCGUCCACUGAUGAUAAAUAUCAAUCUCGUGUUUUCUCAUCCGGUGGAUAUAACUGGAGAUUGAUCGUACACCCAAAAGGGAAUAAAAAGGACAAUGGAAGUGGAUUUAUUUCCAUGUACGUGGAAAUAGACAGCAAAAGCUUGAUGAUAUCCACACCACCAGCUGAUGUUUUUGCAGAAGUUCGUUUCUUUGUCUUCAACAAGAAACAGAACAAGUACUUUACUAUACAAGAUCUAGAAGUAAAGCGGUUCAAUGCACUAAAGGCGGUGUGGGGGUUGUUGCAAGUUCUUCCAUGUGAUGUAUUCAAGAACCCUAAAAAUGGAUACAUCUUUGAGGGAGACCAAUGUGAGUUUGGUGUUGAUGUCAUUGUUGUUCCACCCCUUACCAGUUGGGAGAUCCUCUCUUUCGAUGAGAAACUUACUCGUCCUAAUAAGUUUGCAUGGACUGUUAAGAAUUUUUCUUUGUUGAAAAAUGAUCAAUACACAUCAAACACUUUUUCAAAGGGAGGAAGACAAUGGGUUCUACAGAUGCAUCCGAAUGGAAACUCUAGAGCUGAUGGCAAAUGGCUAUCGGUAUUUCUGUAUUUAGCUGAUAGCGAAAAACUGAAAGCAGAUGAGACGAUUUACACCCAAGCACAUUUGCGAGUUCUAGACCCACUUGGGUCCAAUCACUUUGCACGUUCAAUGAACGGCCGGCACUUGGAAGGAAACAUGGGUUGGGGUUGGGAUCAAUAUUUGUCUUUAGCUGAACUUCGGAAGCUUUACUUGGACAAGGAAGACAAUUUGAUUUUUGAGGUCGAAUUUGAAGUUGUUUCUGAGACCAAAUACUCUCCCAAUAUAUAA